CUCAUCUCGCCUUUUUACUAAAAGAUCACACACGCCACCCUGUCGCAUUGGCUUGUGUCGGGCGACUCGUCCAACGUCCCUUUGUCGCCGGCGUUGCUUCAUAGCGGCUCUCCCCUCCCACCGAAACGCGGGUUCCUUCUAUCCAUAGCGACAACAACAACAAGAACAAGAACAACAACAACAACAACAACAACAACAACAACAACAACAACAACAACAACAACAACAAGGGGGGGAAAAGGAAACAUAAUUCCGAAGCACAUCAUGCUGAGGCCCGCCACCCCUCUCUCCAUUCUGCUCUUUGCGGCUUUCGCUCUGCUGCUGCUCUCCGUCUUGUCGGCCCCUAUCAUAGAGGCCAUUCCCCUCGCCCAUUUCGAUGGCGUCAGUUUUGGCGUUUUCGGCUUCUGUGAUGGUGGCAGUUGCAGCGGUAUUCAAAUAGGCUAUAGCCUUUCCGACCAUAGUCCUCAGGACUUCGACCUGCCCGAAUCGGUCCGGAACACGCUUGCCCCCAUCCUGAUCGUGCACCCCAUCGCCGCUCUCUUUACGCUAGUAAUGUUCGUCAUGGCCGUGGUCGCCCAUCUGCAUUCGCCGUCGCAUUCGUCUCGGUACCUCUUGGUCCUCUUCAUAUACUCCAUCAUCGUCUUUCUCGUCUGCCUGCUCGCGUUCCUCGUCGACGUCCUUCUUUUUAUUCCUCAUAUGGCAUGGGGAUCGUACAUCACGCUGGCCGCAACUAUCAUGGUUGGUCUGAGCGGGCUGGUUUCCUGCGCCAUGUGGCGUACCCUGGUUAGCAGAAAAUCGCGCCGGAAGAAGAUCGCUGAAAAUGCAGAGAUGAGUGGAGAAAACUACUUCAACCGCGAGGCCCAAGCGAAGGCCGCUACCUUCACCGCAGCUGCCUCGCAACCGACCGUCCCUGCUUUGAGUGGAGGAAACGGGGGGGCCGACGCCCUACCUCAGUUUGCUUCGUUUGAGCAACAGAAGAAGGAGGACGAACACGACCAUGGUAGCGAUGAACGCAUCCCCCUGACGGCCCAAAGCCCCACCAACCGGUCCGGCCACAGCGACAUGAUGCCACCGUCAAGGGCGGGCUCUAUACCCCAUCCGGAACGUGAUCAGUAUGGCAAUCCCAUCGCUGUCCAUCAGGAUCCAUACGAAAACGUCCGCCGAGAGCCCUCCCUAGAACACAGCCGCUCGUUUGACCGCAUGAACUCGAGAGGCCGCGGGGGCCCUCCCCCAGGCGGGUAUCGAGGCCGCGGUGGCUAUGGCGGUCGAGGAGGUUACGGUGGUCCCCCUCCGACGAAUGGCCGCGGAGGCUACGGUCCCAGGGGCCGUGGUGGAUAUGGCCCUGGCGGUGGUAAUAUGGGAGGAGGAGGCUACGGGCCGCCGUCAAGGGGAGGGCACGCCGCGGGCGUCAUGAUGGGAGGCGGCCGUGCGACUCCCCAGGGUCAUCAGAGUCCAGGGCCAUAUGACAGGCGACCCAGCCCGGCCAAUGGCUAUGCAGGGUCUUACGGGCGGGGUCCAUCGGAUGGCGCAUCGGAGUACGGCGCCAACAACAGCACGAAUCCCUCUCUUCCGAACAUGGUGCAAGGGGGCUACGAGCCGUACAACCCAGAUCGAAACAGCCUACCUAGAGCGGAAUCGCCGCCACCACUGCCGGGCGAUAACCCGCAGGGACCCGUGGGUCAAGCAGUGGAGCUAGACGCGGUUACCGGAAGCCCUGCCCAUGCCCCGCAGGGAUUCGGAUCGUUUCCAGCAGGCGGUCUUCGUGAGAGUGAUUCGGACAUUGCCGGCAUGGUGGGUUUGCAACAGGACCGAACCGAGUCUGCUCAACGCCACGACACAUAUAUGAGCGAAGGCAGCAAGUAUGGCAACGAAGACCAAUACGUACCACCACGUCAGGCAUGGGCGCAAGGCCAUGCGCAGGGACGUCAUUCUCCGAACGUACCCUCCCCUCUGAAUACACGGGCAGCUGCAGAACUCCCUGCCGUCCGUGUUGCGUCACCACAGGGUGCAACAUCGCCAAGCCACGACUACUAUGAGGACAUCGAUCCGCGAUUCGCGUCUGCGGGCCCCACCCACUCCAAUGCGCCUGUCUCCCAUCAAACUGACAUGCCGCCCUCCAAAUCAUACGAGAGCUCCAACGAUGGACGCGUUCCCCCCCGUGGUGUAAGCCCUGGCGCGGACUCUGAUCGUUCGAAUUUUACUUCGAUAUCACAACGGGGCGUGAACCCGCGCUGGAACCCUCCACCUCCCAUGCCUGGCUACGGGCGCCAGCCACCUCCACGACGUCCCCAGCAACAGGAUAUACUCCUCAACAGUAAUCCGGACUUCCAGCUUCCCGGAGGCCGGAUGGCGCCUCCUCCCGGAGGCGGGGGUGGUGGAUUAAUUCCCGGGAGCGCGUAUCCUCAGGGACCUCUCUGAACCUUUUUCUCCGCGCGUCGACGACAUCGGACUCUUCUCUUUUCUGCACGCUGAUUUUGGCGCAAAUUUCUUCGGGUAAUAAGCCGCGCACAUAUAGCGCUUUCAAUUCGCUCAAUUUUACCUUCUAUCUCUCUCUCUAUGUAUAUGGCCAACCUUGUUGGAAACUCUUGAUAAUCGCAGAUGUGCCUCACCCCCCGAAGAGACACGACAACUUGAUGCGUCUUGACUCCGAU